AUGCCGAUGCUGUCCUCUACUACAUUAUUACGCAGAGCUACUGCUGCUGCUGGGCGAUUACAGUCUAUCCGCUGUAUCUCGACGCUACCGUCUAAUCCUCAUAUUCACGUCUUCCCAGAUCCCGAAUCCCCCUCGACAUCGCACAUCCUAACGCUACUUCCCACGUCUCCCCCAUCCAAAAGCCUCGCGAUAGGGAGCACCAGCAAGCUCCCACCCACGCCCGAUUCCCUGAUCGAGAACCCGCGCUUCCUGACGAUCCUGCAAGACGUGCUACGCAGCCACGCGACCGCCGACCCCUGGGUGCAAGCCCAAGCCGCGGCCUUCGCGUCCACGUCUGGCUCGGCGCUGGGAUCCGGGGGAGGACGCUUCUUCUCGCCCGCGGCGAAGAAACAUAGUAGUGGUGCGGGCGGCGCGAGUGAUCAGGGAGGUGCCGGAGGCGGGGGCAGAGGCGGCUGGAUUCAUGUUAGUGAUUCGAGAGCACCGCCGGAUUAUGGCAGGAUUGCGUUUCCCGAGGAUAUUUUUGGGAGUUUGGAGGUCGAUGGGCAGGGGAGGUUUGUGAGGUCUGAGGGCUUGGAGUUGGGGAAUUAUCAGAGUAGUGGCACGUAUCGCGUUGUGACGAGGGAGGGCAUACUGGGACUGAGUGAUUUCCUGAGGGGCAAGUUGGUGGAGAGGUUAAGGGCGGAAGAGGAGAAGGAGAAAAAGAAGUAA